AUGCGAGGGUGUGAUGGUUUUAAUCCUAAUCAAACAAGCAUUUUAAUAUCAUCAACAACAGCAAAUCCAUCACAAUUGAUUAAAACACAAAUUUCACCUGCUUUAUCGAAUAAAAAUAUUGGAUCACACAAACAGAAAAUGACGCAUUUGUUAGGUGAAUGGAUAUGUUCAAAUAUACGUCCACUAAGUGUCGUUGAAGAUACAGGAUUCAAGAGAAUAAUUGAAGAAGCAAUUUCUAUAGGCUACACAUGUGGUCCAAUUAAAGCUGAAUCAAUUUUAUCAUCUAGAAAAACAGUUUCCAAGUUAAUUAAAUCGAAUGCUUCUAGUGGACGUGAACAAAUAAAAAGCGUUCUAUUGAAAGCUGUACGUGAGCGAUGUUUAGUUUUAUCUCCUGAUAUUUGGUCAGAUGCUUAUCGUCAACAAUCAUAUUUGGGAUGUACUGCUCAUUGGACUGAUGAUAGUUGGGUUUUACAUUCAUUCGAAAUAUUUUGUAUUCCAUUUAAUACACCAAAUAAAAAAGCUCCAAAUGUGAUGAAGGUAUUGAAGGAAGGAUUGAGUAUUUAUGAUCUUGUCCAAUAUAUGAAAGAUAUUGUUUGGGUUUCGGAUCGUGGAUCUAAUAUUAAAAAAUAUUAG